AUCAAACGUCAACGUCAAACUCAAGUGUCGCAUUAUAUUCUAUUAGACUUUAGCCAAGUUAUUAAUUUAUUUUUCUACACGUCUACCGAGUUACACAACAUUAUCUAUUUAUAUUUACAAAACUAAAACAUUGCAAAUACUAUUUUAUCACCUAACCAUCAAGGUGCUCCAAACAAGUCACCGGCGUGGUGGCCGCUGUGUUGUUGUGGCAGUGGAAGUGAACGUUUCCAUUCAUGAGUUGAUUCAGUCACUGCUGGUCACUAGUAGUGUUAGUCCACAUGACUUGGACUGAAAUAUUUAAAACAAGCAAUAUAAACAGGCAGUACACAUGGCGCUAUACGAGGGGAUAGCGCUAAUACAAGAGAAGCAAGCUGUCGUGUUGGACCUCGGCACUGACUACACAAAAUUUGGGUUCACGGGCGAGGCGGCGCCGCGCUGCAUCGUGCGCUCGGAGUUCUGGUGCCCGGCCACGCGGCGCUACCGGCGCCUGCACGACUACCGCUCGGCCGCGGAGCUCUACGACAACCUCGUGCACAUGCUGCACCAGCUCUACUUCAGGCAUGUGCUGGUCAACCCGAAGGAACGUAAAGUUGUAGUGGUGGAGUCUCUGCUUACCCCCACUCUGUUUCGGGAGACACUAGCUAAAGUGCUCUUCAUACACUAUGAGGUGUCGGGCGUGGUGUGGGCGGACAGUCCUCGUCUGUGCGCGCUCACGCUGGGCGCGCCCGCCGUGCUCGUCGUCAGCAUCGGUGCAAAAGAUGUAGAGGUCGCCGCAGUGGUGCACUCGUGCGUGGUACUACACGCGCUGCAGUCGCAGCCACUGGGCGCGCGCGCCGUGCACGCCGAGCUGGCCAGACUACUGGACGAGCACAACGGGGGCCCUCUACACUUGGACGACCAGGUCAUCGAAGACAUCAAAGUGAAGACGUGUUUUGUGACGAGUCGGGCGCGCGCGGCGCAGUGGAGCUCGGGGCGGCCGCCGCAGCCGGCGGCGCUGCCGGGGCUGCGCGCGCGCCUGGCGGCCGAGCUGCGCCACCUGGUGACGCAGCCGCCGUACUGCGACACGCUGCACGUGCGCGAGUUCAAGUUCCACGACGCGCCGGCGGCCCCCAACGCGUGCGCGUGGCUGGGCGGCGCGGUGCUGGGCGCGGGCGAGGCGGGCGCGGGCCGCGUGCUGGCGCGGGACCAGUACGCGCGCGAGCCGCGCCUGCGCGACUGGGUCUGUCUGCUCGACAACACGCCGCCCGCGCACCCGCACCGCGCCUACCUCGACAUAUAGUCCACUUUUUGUAAAUAAUCGACCAUCAGCUACUGUAUAAUAUAAUACUAUAAUGUAUUAAUUAAUCAUUUCAUUGAAAAUGGAACACGCUCCAUUGGUUAUGCUUAUGUUUGUGUGACACUGUAGUAGAUACCUCUUGUUCUAACUCGCACAAACGCAUAAAAUAUCGCCUUAACAUAAUGAUACUUCCACUAAGAUAAACAUUUUAUUUAUUUAUUUUUAGCCAUGGUUGUGCCAUUGCAGUCCAAAGGCCUCCCUACCCUCCUUCCAC